GGAGAGGACAGUUUAGUCUCACGCACGUGCUUCAAUGGAUCAAAGAGCGACUGAUGCCAUCCCUGUUAGACGGGUUCGACUGACUGAUCCGUCGCAGUUACCCCAAAACCUAGGCACCACUCCCGGUGGAACCCUGUUCAGCACAACACCCGGGGGCACCCGUGUGAUUUACGAUCGUGAUUUUAUGCUCCAUUGUAAAGAUUCUCCUGUAGCUCGAACACCGCCCUCAGAGUUGCCUAAAAUGCCUGGUUUCUCUAUCGGCGGUGACGUAAUGACUUCACAGCCUCCAUCUCAAGAACCGGUUGAAAACGGCGCUUCUAAAGGUGAAGAACAUCCAUUCGAUAUGGACCUAUGAUCCAGGAUUCAGUUAUUCUUCCCAGAGCGCCAACUAUUUUGUAUUUCUACAGCACCCGGUUUACUCUCAUCCCUUCAUUCUAUCAGGUGCGUUUCUAUCUUUUUCUUCAAGCACCGGCAUUCGUUGUGUUUCAUGUGUUCCUCCCAUGUCCCUAUCAUUUCUGCUACGUUUACACGCUUUCGUUUGCGUUGUGUUGUAAUAAAAUGUAUUCUGCUCUUGAUAUCCGUA